CGUCGCAGUCGCUACGUUUUUUCAUUUUCUCCAACAUUGGGGAGAGCAUGACCCUUUCCCAGCCAGUCCCCAGUUUCUCUUUUCCAGCACCUCAACUCACUAAAAGCUGUCGAAGCAUCAGCCUGGCGCCAUGCUGAGCAGCUGUCUCCGAUCCUCGAGCAGCCAGCUCCUCAGAGCUAGCUGCCGUACCUCGAAAUGUCUUUCCCAAACCUCGAGAUGUUUCUCCAUUAGCGCCGCUCGUCGUCCUCUCGCCCUCGCCUCCCAGAAGAGGUAUUCCUCCUCCACCACCACUACCACCACCACUACGGCCCCCUCGCCUAACGACAACUUCCUGUCCGGUAACACUGCUAACUACAUCGACGAGAUGUAUCUGCAGUGGAAACGGGACCCGGAGAGUGUCCAUGUGUCAUGGCAGGUUUACUUCAAAAACAUGGAGAGUGGCGACAUGCCUAUUGAGCAGGCCUUCACUCCCCCUCCUACCCUUGUUCCUAGUGCAACUGGUGGUGUUGGGCCAGCUGUGGGCAUGGGAGUUGGACAGGGAUCUGACGUUAUGAACCAUCUGAAAGUGCAGCUGCUAGUCCGUGCCUACCAGGCUCGAGGACACCACAAGGCCAACAUUGACCCUCUUGGUAUCCGUAACGAGCCUAGAGGUUCUGCGAAUACUGAGAUCAAAGAGUUAUCCCUCGACCACUAUCAGUUUACCGAGAAGGAUCUCGACAAGGAGUUCACGCUGGGACCGGGUAUCCUCCCGCGCUUCAAGCGAGAGGGUCGGGAUAAGAUGACUCUUCGUGAGAUCAUUGCUGCUUGCGAGAAGGUCUACUGUGGGUCAUACGGUGUUGAAUUCAUUCAUAUCCCUGAUAGGGCUAAAUGCGACUGGCUGAGAGAGCGCGUCGAAGUUCCCCAACCUUUCAAGUAUUCCUUUGACGAGAAGCGCCGAAUUCUCGACCGUUUAAUCUGGAGUUCUAGCUUCGAGUCCUUUUUGGCUACCAAAUAUCCCAAUGACAAGCGAUUCGGUCUGGAGGGUUGUGAGACUCUCGUACCCGGAAUGAAGGCCCUCAUCGACCGAAGUGUCGACUACGGCGUAAAGGAUAUUGUCAUCGGAAUGCCCCACCGUGGUCGUCUUAACGUGCUCAGCAACGUAGUCCGCAAGCCGAACGAGUCUAUCUUCAGCGAAUUCGCUGGUACUGCUGCUGCUGAAGAUGAAGGCUCUGGUGAUGUCAAAUACCAUCUAGGUAUGAACUUCGAACGUCCUACACCGUCCGGAAAGCGAGUUCAGCUUUCUCUCGUCGCCAACCCCUCGCAUUUGGAAGCCGAAGACCCGGUCGUGCUAGGAAAGACCCGAGCCAUCCAGCACUACAACAAUGACGAAUCGACGCACAGGACCGCCAUGAGUGUCUUGCUACACGGUGAUGCCGCUUUUGCUGCUCAGGGUAUAGUAUACGAAUGUCUUGGAUUCCACGCCCUGCCGGCUUUCUCGACCGGCGGAACGAUUCACUUGGUUGUUAACAACCAGAUUGGUUUCACUACUGACCCUCGAUUUGCUCGUUCGACCGCGUACUGUACGGAUAUUGCCAAGGCUAUUGACGCCCCUGUCUUCCACGUGAAUGCCGAUGAUGUUGAGGCUGUUAACUUUGUCUGUCAAUUGGCCUCAGAUUGGCGCGCCGAGUUCCAAUCCGACGUCGUCAUCGAUCUUAUCUGCUACCGAAAGCAUGGUCACAACGAGACGGAUCAGCCUUCCUUCACCCAACCCCUGAUGUACAAGCGCAUUGCUGCGAAGGAACCUCAGAUCAACAUCUAUGUGGACAAGCUGAUUAAGGAGGGCACUUUCACGAAGGAGGAUAUCGAGGAGCACAAGCAAUGGGUCUGGAACAUGCUAGAGGAGAGCUUCGCCAAGUCUAAAGAUUAUCAGCCAACAUCCAAGGAAUGGACUACAUCUGCCUGGAACGGCUUCAAGUCCCCCAAGGAGUUGGCAACUGAGGUUCUACCGCAUAUGCCCACCAAUGUUGACCGGAAGACUCUAGCGCACAUUGGUGAGGUUAUUGGUUCUGUUCCCGAAGACUUCCAUCUUCACCGCAACCUGAAGCGUAUCCUACAAAACCGCACCAAGUCGGUUCUUGAGGGCAAGAACAUUGACUGGUCGACCGCUGAAGCGCUCGCUUUUGGUUCGCUCGUCACUGAGGGUCACCAUGUUCGUGUCUCCGGCCAGGAUGUGGAGAGAGGUACCUUCUCUCAGCGUCAUGCCGUCUUCCACGACCAAGAAAACGAGAAUACAUACACGCCUCUACAGCACGUCAGCAAGGACCAGGGCAAGUUCGUCAUCUCUAACUCGUCGUUGAGCGAGUACGGUGCUUUGGGUUUUGAGUACGGCUACUCGCUGUCCUCACCUAAUGCGCUGGUCAUGUGGGAGGCUCAAUUCGGUGAUUUCGCCAACAACGCUCAAUGUAUUGUUGACCAGUUUAUCGCCUCUGGUGAAGUCAAGUGGAUGCAGCGAACCGGUUUGGUCAUGUCUCUUCCCCACGGUUAUGACGGACAGGGCCCUGAGCACUCUUCUGGACGUAUGGAGCGAUAUCUACAGCUCUGCAACGAAGACCCACGUGUAUUCCCAUCGAAGGAGAAGCUCGAACGCCAGCACCAGGAUUGCAACAUGCAGAUUGCGUGCAUGACUACGCCUGCUAACCUGUUCCACAUUCUUCGUCGCCAGAUGCACCGACAAUUCCGAAAGCCUCUCGUUAUUUUCUUCUCCAAGUCGCUACUACGACACCCUCUAGCCCGCUCAGAUAUCGAGGAGUUCAGCGACCCUGAUGCACACUUCAAGUGGAUUAUCCCUGAUCCCGAGCACGAGACUGGCAACAUCAAGUCGCCUGAGGAAAUUGACCGAGUCAUCCUCUGCAGCGGUCAGGUGUGGGCGGCCCUUCACAAGUACCGCGCCGACAACAAGAUCGACAAUGUUGCAUUCACUCGAAUUGAGCAACUCAACCCCUUCCCGUGGGAGCAACUUAAGGAGAACCUAGACAUGUACAAGAACGCCAAGACCAUUGUCUGGGCCCAAGAGGAACCCCUGAACGCUGGUGCAUGGAGCUUCACCCAACCUCGUAUCGAGACUCUCCUGAACAAAACCCAGUACCACGACCGCAAGCACGUCAUGUACGCAGGCCGAAACCCUUCGGCAUCUGUCGCCACUGGUCUAAAGGUUGUUCACAAAAAGGAAGAGGAGGAAUUACUAGAGAUGGCGUUCACCGUGACGCAGGAUAAGCUAAAGGGCGAGUAAAGGGAAAGGAAACCUAAAAGAGAAGUAUAGCAUUAACAUGAGGACGGGGCGAGCAUUUAUUAUUUUCCAAGUUUUUGUAAUUUAUCUUGUGUAUAAAGCGGCCUCGGGGAUCAUAAGCGAGGCUACAUAGAGGGGCGGCUGCUAAUGGGUUUUCCGAGUACCGUAAUGAAUGAUUUUGAACCUUCAAAACCCUGAGUUGUCCUUGUCCUCGUUCUUUAUCCGACGCCGAGUGUAACGAACUGCGUAGAUGUGCAUACUACCUACCUAGUAUUUAUUCCCCGUGCGGAGAACGAGCGUGUAUCGGACCGGGGUGUUGGAGGGAAGGCCAUUGCUGUGCCG